AUGAACAUUGUGAGGAAACUCAAUUUAAUGAUACCUCGGAGUGUAUUCUUGCUUCAUAUACUGUUUUCAUUACAAGGAUAUAUUUGCGGAUCAUCCAUCUUGACGAAAGUAUCAAAAAACGGGUUUAAUGAAAAUCGACAGAAAAGAGCUCUUUUAGCAGCACAGUUGGAAGCAACGUCUUCAAGAUAUUUCUUCCAUGAAGCUAUUAAUUGGGGUGAGAGCAAAAUAAAAGGUUCUUGUCCUCAUGAAUGCCUUAACGGAGCUUUCUGUUCUAAGACUGGUACAUGUGACUGUCAAAUAUUUCAGGCACUUGGGACACGGUGCCAGAUUGUGCCAAACAUGGGCAAUGGCAGAGAUGGGAUUUGCAAAACCUGGGGACAGUACCACUUUGAAACUUUUGAUGGCAUUUACUAUUAUUUCCCAGGAAACUGUUCUUACAUUUUUGCAAAGGACUGUGGUAAUUUGGAACCUCAGUACACUGUAUGGGUUCAUAAUAGCCCUAAGUGCUAUGGUUCAGUGUAUUCCUGUUACCGGUCAAUCAGCUUGUUCUUUUCCGACCAAGAGGAAAUUCGUAUUUAUGGGCAUGAAAUAAAAAAGGAUGGAAUCAGUUUAACGUUGCCUCAGACUGUUGGGCAGGUUUUCAUUGAGAAACUAGCUGACUACAUUUUGGUGAAAACAACCUUUGGUUUUUCAUUGGCUUGGGAUGGAAUAUCUGGAAUUUACCUCAAACUGUCUCAGGAGCAUAAAGGGAAAUCGUGUGGUUUAUGUGGAAACUACAAUGACAUUCAAUCUGAUGAUUUUAUCAUUCAACAAGAGGACUAUACAGAAGACAUUGCUAUGUUUGCAAAUAGCUGGUCGGUGCAAAUUCCUGAUGACACCAAAUGUGUACCGAUGCCUUCAGACUUUCCAAAUCCAUGCUCCAGCGGAAUGCCAGCAUUUGAGGCCAUCUUCUUCAAGUGUCAGAUUUUGUUGCAGUUCCCAUUUCUGAGCUGCCAUGAGUAUAUUGAUCCGUAUCUGUAUAUUGCCAGCUGUGUUAAUGAUCUUUGCAAAACUGAUGAUGAUGAAACCUAUUGCCGAGCAGCCACUGAGUAUGCCAGAGCCUGUUCCCAUGCUGGCUACCCUAUUCAAGACUGGAGAGAUGACUUUCCAGCAUGUACUGAUAAAUGUGAUGAUAGCUUCGUCCACCGGGAUUGUAUCAGUUGUUGCCCACCAACCUGCACAUUCAAGAAACAGUGUCUCGGGAGCAAUCUCCAUUGUCUUGAUGGAUGUUACUGCGCGGAUGGCCUCAUAAUGGACAAUGGGACUUGCAUCUCCUUGGAAAACUGCCCGUGUAGUUUUCAUGGAUUAGCUUACUCAGUUGGUUCAAAAAUUGAACAAGAAUGUACUGAAUGUGUAUGUGUUGGUGGUGUUUGGAACUGCACUGAACAUGACUGUCCAGUUCAAUGCUCCGUUGUGGGUGAUUCUCAUUUUACAACGUUUGAUGGUCGACAUUAUUCUUUUAUUGGAAUGUGCCAAUACAUUCUUGUGAAGGGAACUGGAAAAGAUAAAUUCACAAUUACUUUACAGAAAGCUCACUGUGAACAGAACCUUGGCUUGGUCUGCCUUCAGUCUAUAACUCUGAUUCUGGAGGAUGAUUUUAACAAACAAGUGACCAUAAGUAGGGGAGGACAGAUCCUUACCAGUCCUAACCAAGGCUUCAAUCUGAAUGGAAUCGUUGAAAUUCAAACUCUGUCAUCCUUAUUUAUUCUUCUAAAAACCACAUUUGGUUUAAAGAUUCUGUUUGCUAUAGAUGGAGAAAGAAUUUAUAUUCAGCUCACUAGUGCAUGGAAAAGGAGAACACUAGGUCUGUGUGGCACUUUUAAUGGGAACAUAAGGGAUGAUUUCCUUUCUCCAUCAGGCAUGAUAGAAGGUACCCCACAACUUCAUGCCAAUGCCUGGAGAGUUUCCUCCACUUGUUUUGCACCUGUUCAUGUUCCUAUGGUGGACCCCUGCAACAUUAAUCAACAAAAUAUUGGAUAUGCAGCACAUUGUGAUGUUAUCCACCGAGAGCUCUUCGCGGCUUGCCACAUCUACAUCAGCCCCGGGCUGUACUAUCAGCUGUGCCGCCAUGAUGCUUGCAAGUGUGGAAGCGUCUGUCUCUGCAAUGCUCUUGCCCACUACGCCUACCUCUGUGGCCAGCGUGGUAUUAUCAUCGAUUUCAGAGCUCAGAUUUCGUUCUGUGGGGUCGUAUGCCAGAAGGGCAUGCUGUACCAUCACUGCUCCUCCUUUUGUCGGCGCUCCUGCACUGCCCUCGCCGCCCCUGAGCAGUGUAAUGACGACUGCGCUGAAGGCUGCAACUGUCCGGAAGGCAAAUACUAUGAAGACACGCUUAGCUUUUGUGUGCCCAUAUUUCACUGCCGGUGUCAUUAUAGGGGCAGCAUUUAUCAACCCGGGGAGCUCAUCCCAACACCGUCGGGCUUAUGCCAGUGUUCCAAUGGGACCGUGAAAUGUGAUGAACCAGCAACGCCCUCUACUGUUCCUGCCUGUCCCGAAGGAAAAGUGUAUUUUGACUGCAGAUUUCCUGACCCUGAAUUGCCAGCUGGUGGUGUAAAUUGUGAGACUACAUGUGCAAACCUGGCCAUGAACUUCACUUGUGCCCCAUCCUCCCCCUGUAUAAGUGGCUGUGUUUGUGCUCCAGGAAUGGCAGAGCACAAAGGAAAAUGUUAUGUUCCUGAAAGCUGUCCGUGUAUCUGGAAAGAUUGGGAGUACCUCUCAGGAGAAGUGAUUGCUACACCAUGUUAUACCUGUGUUUGUCGACGAGGGAUGUUCAAUUGCACCUACUAUCCAUGCCCGGCUGUGUGUACAAUAUAUGGGGACCGGCAUUAUCAUUCUUUUGACGGACUGGAAUAUGACUAUAUCAGUGAUUGCCAGGUAUUUCUGAUAAAGAGUGUAGAUGAUUCAGAUCUAUCUGUUAUUGCCCAGAACAAGAAAUGCUUUGACAACGAUAUUGUUUGUUCCAAAAGUGUUUUGAUCUCGGUUGGGGACACUGAAAUUUACCUGAAUGAUACUCCUUACAAACAAAAACGAUCAGGUUUUUUUCUGGAAAAUAAGCCUACGUACCAGCUUUGGAAGGCAGGGUACUACAUAGCAAUAUACUUUCCAGAAAAUGAUAUCACUAUUCUUUGGGAUAAAAAGACAACCAUUCAUAUCAAAGUUGGACCCCGGUGGAAGAACAAACUAUCAGGAUUAUGUGGAAACUUUGACAAAUGUACUUCCAAUGAUAUGACCACUUCCAAUAACUUAGAAGUAAGAAAUGCCCAAGUAUUUGGAGAUAGUUGGGCAUUAGGGCAGUGUGAAACCCCAAGUGAAUUAUUUAAACCCUGUGAGGCACAUCAAAACAAAUUUCCUUAUGCCAAGAAAGAGUGCUCCAUUUUGUACAGCGAUGUUUUUGCUCCUUGUCGCAAUGUGAUCGAUGUUACUUCUUUUGCCAAAAACUGCCAUGAAGACACGUGUAACUGUAAUCUUGGUGGGGACUGUGAAUGUUUAUGCACCAGCGUGGCAGCUUACGCAUACAAAUGUUGUCAGGAAGGGGUAUCUGUUCACUGGAGGUCAUCCACUGUUUGUUCUCUUGACUGUGAAUAUUACAAUGAAGGGCUUGGAGAAGGGCCAUACAUGCUGGCAAGUUAUGGACAGAGUGGCCUUGUUCUGGGGGCCAAUAUGACCAGUAGAAGCAUUUUCUCUUUGCCAAGGAGUAGUAUUCAUGGCAAUUUAUUUUUUAAUUUUAUGAUCACUCCAGGCCUUUUUAAAGAGAAGGCAUCAUCAUUGGCACUUGUUUCCUUGGAGUCUGCCGAAAGGCCAAACUACUUUCUCUAUGUCCACGAUGAUGACACUCUCAGUUUGAAACUGUGGCAGGCAAAUUCAGCCUUCCAUCGAAGAGCCACAUUUCUCCACCAUCAGGGGCUCUGGAUUCCUGGUUACAGUGCGUUUGAGUUAUACAGCAAAAAAGGCUUUUUCAUCAUCCUCACAGAUUUUAGUGUCAAAGCAUCAAAAUAUGAUGAUUCUGAAGAAUUCAAACAUUCAAGUAGCUUCAGCAUAGAAGAAAUACAGGCAGCAGUGCCCUACCGGAGGAUGUGUGAAUGGAGAUACGAACCUUGUGCCACUCCCUGCUUUAAAACAUGCAGUGACCCUGAGGCGCAAGCGUGUAAAUUUCUCCCACCGGUUGAAGGAUGCUUGCCCUACUGUCCUAAAAAUAUGAUCCUUGAUGAGGUCACCCUCAAAUGCGUUUAUCCAGGAGACUGCAUACCUCUGAUUCCCACAGAACCUGCAUUAGUGCCACCAGGUAAGCCGUCUCUACCCAUGUUUACAGCUAUUGAAAUGAUUACUCCAUCAGACUUCACUGUAUUGGACGUGCUAACUCCCACAACGACAGGUUUGGAAUGUGAGCCUCAACAAUUUGAUCCUGUUUAUAAUUGUAGCCAAUAUAUAUGUCUUAAUAUGGAAUGGCAGUUGUACAACUGGUCCCUCAAUUGCCCAAAGGACUUGGAAAUGCCCGACUGUGGUUUCCGGGGAAGGCCCGUGCAAGUGAACAGCGAUAUCUGCUGCCCUGAGUGGGAAUGUCCUUGUCGGUGUUCCAUGUUGUCAGAGCUGAGCAUUAUUACAUUUGACGGAAACAAUGCAGCAUUGUAUAGUAUGGCUUCUUAUAUCUUAGUAAGAAUUCCUGGGGAAAUUAUAGUUGCUCAUAUUGAAAAAUGUUCCAUGAAUCAGAAUGGAAAUUCACUUAAAAAGCUAACACCCUCUGGAAGAAUGUAUGGACUUUGUUUUAAGAAGUUAAAUUUGACAACAUCUAUGCAUAAAAUACUUGUUAAUCGGGCAGCAAGAAAGGUAGAAGUGGAUUCCAUUGUUGUGCCUCUGCCCUUUACAAAUCAAGAACUAUCCAUAGAAGAUUCUGGUACCAUGUAUGUGAUUACGACUCCAGCUGGACUAAUCAUAAAGUGGGCUCACCUUACAGGGAUCAUAGACAUUCAUUUUGGCUUUCAAUUUAACUUGUCAUCUUACACAGAAGGACUCUGUGGAAUUUGCAAUGAAGAUCCGGACGAUGAUCUAAGGAUGCAAAAUGGCACAAUUAUUACAAAUAUGGAAGACAUAGAAUUAUUUAUUGAGAGCUGGGAAAUUGAGAAAUCAUUUGAAGUAACAACAAGAAGACCUGUUAGGAAUUGUACUGAGCAUGACUGCAGUCACUGCAUUGAGCUAUUGAAGAGAAGAGUUUUCCUUCCAUGCCAUAAUAAAGUUUCACCGAAGAGCUUUUGUGAAAAGAUGUGGAUCAAUUAUACCUAUUUUUGGAACUAUGAAUGCGACGCACUUUCUGCCUACGUGGCUCUGUGCAACAGGUUUGACAUCUGUCUUCAGUGGAGAACACCUGACUACUGCUCUCUGAGUUGCCCAGAGGGGAUGGAAUAUCAACCCUGUGUAAAGACCUGUGAAGCAAGAACAUGUCUGAACAGAUGGUUCUAUGGGCAUUCCUCGUGUCUGAAUUUAAGAGAAGAUUGUGUGUGCAAAAAUGGAACCAUCCUUCACAGGCCAGACUCAGUCCAGUGCAUUCCAGAGCAAGAAUGCGCAUGCACGGAUAGUGAAGGUCAACCUCGCUCUGCUGGGGAGGUUUGGAAUGGGGGCAUUGACGAAUGUGCCCUCUACAAAUGCUUGGAGAAUGGAAGUAUUAUUCCUAUAGAACCUGAUUGUGAUGAAGAGCCCUCGCCGAUUUGUGAGCGAGAAGCUGAAGUUGUCCUGGGCAUCAUUGAUAAGUGGACCUGCUGUACAAAGGAAGUUUGCGGAUGUGACAUGACUUUAUGUGAAACUGCUAUUCCAACAUGUACGAAUAGUCAAAAAUUGGUUGUUGGCCAUAGUCCUCUUUCUUGUUGUCCACAGUAUCAAUGUGAAUGUGACCCAUUGAAAUGCCCCAGUAUUUCAACACUAGAAUGCAGAGAAGACCAAUUCAUGAUUCAAGUCCAACAGGAAGAGCCUUGCUGUUUUUCUCCUCUCUGUGUUUGUGAAUCUUGCACGGAACCUAUUCCGCUAUGUACUGAUGGGGAAUUUCUCACUGUGGAUCUUAAUACCACACAUUUCUGUUGUCCACGGUAUUAUUGUGUUUGUGACCCACAUCUUUGUCCUGCACCACUACUCAACUGUGCAGAGGAUAUGAAGCUUGUGAAAGAAAAUGUAUCUGGUCAAUGUUGUCCAACAUGGCAUUGCGAAUGUAGCUGUGAAAACCUUGUUACACCUACCUGUGAAGUGGGAGAAUUUACUGCAAUAGACCAUAACUUUCAGAGUGACUGUGGAUGUGUACAGUAUCUCUGUGAAAAAGAUGAUGUGUGUGUGUUUCAAGAAGUAUCAGUAUUGAAUCCUGGCCAAUCUAUGAUAAAGUAUUUGGAAGGGGACUUUUGUUAUACAGUGGAAUGUCUGGAAGAAAAAGAUAACUAUACAGGCUUUCACACUCUGAAUUUUACAAUAGUGAAUUGCUCAAAAGAAUGUGACAUUCACCAGGUGUACAUCCCGUCUCCAAGUGAUUAUGAUUGCUGUGGUACCUGCAAAAAUAUAUCCUGCAAAUUUCAAAUGGAAAAUGGAACAUCAAUUAUAUAUGAGGAGGGGAGUACCUGGCAUUAUAAUUGUACCACAUAUGAAUGUGUAAAGACUGACGAAGGGACAAUGAUUCUGAACUACAGUAUGGUCUGUCCCCCUUUUAAUGAGACUGAAUGCAAAAUGAAUGAAGGGAUUGUAAAGCUUUAUAAUGAAGGCUGUUGCAAGAUCUGCAAACGAGAAGAAAGAAUUUGCCAGAAAGUGAUCAUUAAAUCAAUCAUAAGGAAACAGGACUGUAUAAGUCAAAACCCUGUAAAUGUUGCAUCUUGUGAUGGAAAAUGCCCAUCUGCUACCAUAUAUAACAUCAACAUUGAGAGCCAUCUAAGAUUCUGCAAGUGCUGUCGUGAAAAUGGAGUGAGAAACUUGUCUGUGCCUCUGUAUUGCUCAGGAAAUGGCACCGAAGUCAUGCACACGCUCCAGGAACCUAUAGACUGCACAUGUCAGUGGAAUUAAACUUCUGGAUUUCUAGGAACUCUAUGUAAUAAUCACAAUGUCAAAUGAAGUUACCUUAAUGUCAUUAUUUAGGCACUGGAAGAUUUUAUUAAACAUUAAUGUAUUUUUCAGUGUUUGGGAUAUGGCAAUUUAAUGCUUGGUACAAAUAUGCUAUUUCCUAGAAAAAAUAAUUGUCAAAAUAGUUGUCAAAAUAAAAAUAAAUCAAAUUUAUUGAUUUACUCUAUUUUAGAGACUCAACUGAUUCUAAGUUAUUCAGCUGAGAUGCAGUUAUGUAUGUAAUUGCAACAUGCCACAGCCCUGGGAUAUUCUCAUCCAUUAGAAGGUUAUUUUGCAUUUUCCAUUUGCACCCAAUAGAGAUUUUUUUGCUUUGCGAAGUCUGCCAUAGCUUCCCAAAUUAAGAUAGCAGUACUCUUUCCUCACUACUGUUUAAUCUGUUAAAUGUAAUUAGUUAAAGCUGGCAUCUGGAUAGUCAUAAAGCGUAGGAUACAUAGAGACAGAUCAUUCAACUAUAGGAUUUUAGAUUAUUUAAAGCCUGAAUGAAUAUUAGGGUUGUUAUUGCAAAUGCCUCUUGUUUUGCAGGUGUACCAGGUCACUGGAAAAGCUGUGUGCCUUAUAACAAAUGACUUUCUGAAUCCCAGUCCUAUGCUCUUUUCUUUUGAAUGGUAUAGUAAGAUGCCUGUCAUGGAAUCUUUGAUUCUUAAAGAGCUUGCUUUGCAUAGAAUUAAGAAUUUUAAAUUAAAUUCCUUUUAAAGAAAUGAAAAAUAAUGCCACACAUACAUAUGUAUAUACAUACAUAUAAUAGUAAUCCCAAUAAUAAGAAAUGGAGAAAGGUAGCAUCACUUGCUAAAGAGUGGCGGGAUAUAUUGGACUUUUAUUUUUUAUACCAUUACAACUGUUGUGAAAUAAGUUGUUACUAUUUAACAUUUAAUUAUUUGCUAUGCCAUGGACCAAUGGUUUUUGAUAUGUAUUUGCAUUCGAUCGGAGUUGCGUGCUAUUUUUCUUUUCAUGCUGCUGCUUUGCCAAUGAAGAAUGAAAUAAAAUGAUUUGAAUGUAUUAAUCAUUCUGCAAUGGAAUGCUGCACUUUUUAAACAUAAUAGGCUAUUGAUAUUUGCAAGGAACAUAUCUUGAGAUUUUUGCAAAUCCUCAAAUUUUCUGCCACUUACAGUGUAGAAUUAUUUGAAUUUCCUCACCUGUAAAAAAGAGAGAAUGCUCUACUUGCUAUGAUUGUUGUGGGGAUCAAAUGAAGUCAAAUAGCAACACGAAAACAGUAAAGGUGCAUUGAAAAGCAGAUGUGGGUGGGCCUGGUGGUCUAGGUUCAGAUUUCAGCUAGGUGAGUUGCUUGGGUUUCAAAAUCAUGCUUCCCAGAAAAAAAAUGCAACUUAUCAGAUAUUUUGGACCUCCAGGGUUACUAAGAAACAAAUGAAAGAAUGAAAUGAA